AUGGAUGUUAUCCGUCCUCGCAGACCACAUCACAAGAGUAGAACCGGAUGUCUUCAAUGCAAGGCAAGAAAGGUCAAGUGUGAUGAGAAAAAGCCAUCAUGCCAAAAAUGCGAAAAUUAUGGUUCAACAUGUUCCUAUCUGCAUACACACCCAAUGAAGAGUCUUCAUAGUCAAGAGACUCAAUGCAGUACAGUGAUGCGGCGAAACUCAAAGUCAAAAUCACCAUCGGCGGAAACUUUAUCUGUAAAGCUUGAGUUGAGUCCUAGGCCGGUGGUCUCUCCCACUGCAUCUCCUGGUCCAUCAAUCCAUUCAUUUUCCAUACUUGAUAUGGAACUUCUCCAUUAUUACACCCUGUACGGUGUUUCAGAUCUCGCCGACUUUGCUAGUGGACAAGAAGUCUUUCGAACUACUGUCGUAGAACUAGCUUUCCAGUUUCCCUUUCUAAUGCAUGAGGUACUUGCUAUUGCCGCCUUACAAUUGUCAUAUGCGCGUCCCCCUAAAGCUGCUUACUAUCACGAAGCAUCAACUACCCACCUCACCACCGCCAUUCAACUAUUUCAACCUGCCAUUUCUAGCCUCACCAUCGAAAACUCUCAAGCAUGCUUCGCUUUCACCAUCAUGUUGUUCACCUUCGCUUGGACAUCACAAGACUUGAAUCUUCCCAACCAUAUCUUCUUCGGCCCGGAUGGUGCCGAAAAUGAAAGCACAUUUCCCCACUCUCAAUGGGUGAGACUCUAUAGAGGUUAUCAAGUGGUAAUCGCAAAAGCAUGGAAAGAUUUACAACAAAGCCCAUUCAAUGUCUUUUUCGAGCCCUGGACCCAUUUCCACAAAGAUUAUAUCCCGCCACUCGACCCAGCCGACGAUAUCCACCUCUCCUCACUAUCAGGCGCAUGGUCCAGCAGCUCUCCAUGCGAUCUCCCCCUCGAACAACGACAAGGAUUAGAUCGCGCACUGGACAUGUUGAAACGAGUUUUUGGCCUCGUGAGAGCCCCCAAUGCCCCCUCACCUAUUUCCGUGGCCAUGAGUUGGUUUUCUUCCAUCCCCGAAGAGGUGGAAGCGAUGAUGGGUAGGAAAGUUAAAGAAGCUUUGUUACUCGUUGCCUACUAUUGUGUGUUUAUAAAUCGCAUAACUAAUUUGUCGUGGAUGGCUGGAAAGGGGAAGAAUCUGUUGAAAACUACUUUGGAUGUUUUGGGUCCUGGGUGGGAGACAUGGACGGCUUGGCCUAUUGAGGUGGUUUUGGGGAGAGAGUGGAGAGGUGGAAAGACAAUGAGUGUGGAUUUUAUUAGUGGUGCAUCAUGA